AUGUUGGUAAAGACACAGCAGACUGUGUGGGCAGCAGUGGGAGGUCAAGCCUCUCUAAGCUGUCAGCUCACUGAGGAUAAAGAUGUCCUCCAGAUCACCUGGCAGAAAGUCUUUCUUGAUGGACAGAAGAAUCUCGCCACCUACACCAAGAAAUAUGGUUACAGCCCGAGAGUUGGUCUGAUAGAGAAGAUGGAUUUUCAGUGUGAAGAUCUUCAGAGCUGCUCCAUGGUGAUCAGGAAGGUGAUGGAGGAGGAUGAAGGCUGCUAUCAAUGUCUGUUUAACACCUAUCCUAGAGCAAUCCUGAUAGGCAGGACCUCCGUCAGACUCUAG